CUUGGGGGCUGCGUUCGCCUUGAUCUCCAUUUUGUAUGUUUUUCCUUGAGGUUAGCGCGUACUUUCCUAAUGGCCAGUCACAUAACUGAAGCAGCGUGACACUUUUGCAUGAAUGCAUGCAGCCAAAUCUAGCUGUGGAGCACCGAAAAAUUAAAAAAAGACCCCCCCCGACCGUAAAUCUGCUGGUUUUGCGGCUGGAUGUGGCGAUGUGGCGACGACACGAGCGGAGAGCAGCAGCAACAACAGAACCACUUUACACCAAAACAAUGUUGACGGACGACCUGUGGACACUUAUCAGCAACCGGCCAUUUCAAGGAUGGAUCAAGGUGGAGUGAAGAAGAUAGCAUACAGAAGAGAUGACCAUCUAAGCAAACUGGUCUACACUGAAAGUCCUGAGGAGGGAGGUCUGUUGAGAGUGGCCCCUCACAGUGCCAUCUCCAUCACUUCUGCCACAUCUAUUGUUCUUCCAUCCAACACAUUGAUGCAGCCAGGACAAGCAACUAACGGCAUCAGCAACAGCCCCCUUCCAGAGGAGCUCACCUCAGCCCCUGCCAGCAUUGACUCCUUUGUAGAAAGUCCCGAGCCCAGAGACCUGACCAAAGAUCAGAGGCCUCAGCAGCCACAUUUACUUCAGUCACAAACUUCUAACACUUUUGGGCAUCAAAAUUUACCUCACCUGGAGGCCAGCAUCAGAAACAUUACUCAGUCGUCCAUGGAUUCACUUAUUGGAGGAUCAGAUCCCAACUUUUUCAUCAUGAAAACAGAGGAUUUCUCAGUGGAUAAAAGAGAACAGGACCCCAUCGAUAUUGAAAAUGCCUUUGAUCACAUUGGAAAAGAUGUGGAAGUGAACCAGAAAUUGUUCAGUGACAACACUCUGGACCUUCUUCAUGACUUUGACCUCACUGGGUCCCCUUCAGAUUUUUAUGUUGGGGAUGACAAUUUUCUGUCCACUUUGGCAGACGAUUCUUUGAUUGUGGAUGGGGACAUGAGAGGGACAUCAGAGAGAGAUGUAAAACCUGCUGUGUUUGAGAGCAGUAACACCGCAUUGGUGGCCUCUGUUGCCCCCAAUGGCAGCAGUGUGAAAAGUCCAGAUCAGUCGAGCUCAAACUUAACCACAACCUCCUCCUUGACCCCUACAACCACUCUGCCGGCUGUGGUGAAAAAAGAAAAAGAUGCCGGCUUUAUUCAGCUCUGCACCCCAGGUGUGAUCAAACAAGAGAAGAUGUCCACGGGCAACAGUUAUUGCCAAAUGAGUGGCACAUCCUCUGCCGACACGCCGAACCCCAUCUCCAUCUGUGGGGUCAGCACUUCAAGUGGACAGAGCUACCACUUCGGAGUCAACUCCAGAAACAAUGAAGCUCAGCAGCAGAAGGACCAGAAGCCAGUGUCCAGUUUGUACCUCCCAGUCACAGCUAUCGGUGGAACUUGGAACAAGAGCCAGGGUCUUGGGAACAACUCAGCAGUCCACAGGGCCAGUGAGACCUUCUCUCCCUCCUUCGCCAACAGCUUUACCAGUUCUACCUCCAGACAAGAAGGGGGCACAGCAACAUCCACAACGCAGGGAAAGAGCGGGACUCAUAAAGUGUGCCUGGUGUGCUCCGAUGAGGCUUCAGGCUGCCACUACGGCGUUCUCACCUGCGGCAGCUGCAAGGUCUUCUUCAAAAGAGCAGUGGAAGGCCAGCAUAAUUACCUGUGUGCCGGGAGGAAUGACUGCAUCAUAGACAAGAUCCGGCGGAAGAAUUGCCCAGCUUGUCGCUUCCGCAAGUGUCUGAUGGCAGGCAUGAACCUGGAAGCUCGCAAAACCAAGAAGUUGAAUCGUUUAAAGGGCACCCAGAACAGCAACCCGCCUGAGCUGACACCUUCACCACCAGUCGAGACUCGCUCACUUGUGCCCAAGUGUAUGCCGCAACUCGUCCCUACCAUGCUGUCCCUGCUGAAAGCCAUAGAGCCGGACACCAUCUACGCCGGCUACGACGGCACCCUGCCCGACACCUCCACCCGCCUCAUGACCACCCUCAACAGGCUGGGCGGGCGACAGGUCAUCUCUGCUGUGAAAUGGGCCAAGGCGCUGCCAGGUUUCAGGAACCUGCACCUGGACGACCAGAUGACUCUGCUGCAGUGCUCCUGGCUCUUCCUCAUGUCUUUCGGUUUGGGCUGGAGAUCUUACCAACAGUGCGACGGCAACAUGCUCUGCUUCGCACCAGAUCUCGUCAUCAAUGAGGAGCGGAUGAAGCUGCCCUACAUGGCUGAGCAGUGCGAGCAGAUGCUGAAGAUUUCCACCGAGUUUGUCCGGCUGCAGGUCUCCCACGAUGAGUAUCUGUGUAUGAAGGUCCUUCUUCUGCUCAGCACGGUGCCAAAGGACGGCCUGAAGAGCCAGGCAGUGUUUGAUGAGCUGCGGAUGUCGUACAUCAAGGAGCUGGGAAAGGCCAUUGUGAAGCGUGAGGAGAACUCCAGCCAGAACUGGCAGCGAUUCUACCAGCUCACCAAGCUGUUGGACUCCAUGCAUGAGAUGGUGGGCGGACUGCUCAGCUUUUGUUUCUACACUUUUGUGAAUAAAUUCCUGAGUGUGGAGUUCCCAGAGAUGCUGGCGGAGAUCAUCAGCAACCAAUUACCAAAAGUCAAGGCCGGCAGUGUCAAAUCUCUCCUCUUCCACCAGAGGUGACUGUUCCCCCGCGACAGACACAAUGCCUUAAAAUCCCACCGCAUCAACCUCACCGGCCCAACACCCCCUCCCUCCCCCUGAUUCUUAAAAAAAAAAAAAAAAAAGAUGAUGAAUUAAUAAAAUUAUAAAAUAAAUAAAUAAAAAGCAACUAUAAAAGGACUGACCAUCUAAAGCCAGGAGAGAACUAAGUCCUCAAAAACAAGUAUGCAACUUUGUGAAAUGGGCUCACGGGUCCGGUGGGAGAGAGCGAGCGAUGUUUGUGUGGAACCUGUGAGCUGGAAAGGUUUUGUUUUAUUGAUGAGUCUAAGAUGUAGUGUCUAACAAAGAGUAGGGAAUGUUUAUAAAAGAUAUUCGCUAAUAGAAAUAGUCUAACAUUACUGUCGUCUCAGGUGUCUUACCUUCAAGUUCAGAACGAUAUCUAAAAUAGAUAGAGAAAUAUCUAUGUACAGGUUCUAAUAGUAUUUUCUACAUUUUCAACUUACAGCAGUUUAUACAAUUUUCCAGGUUGUUGUUACCUGAGAAGGUAGCAAAGCUUAAUAACAUGCUCUUAAGUAUGCUUUUAUUUUACACUUUUGAUUUUUAUAGGUUGUAACAAAAUGUUUUUGUCAAACAGGGAAAAAAAAAAUCUGUUUUCUAGUGAUUUCAAAAGCGUAUUUCUUUGGCUGGAUUAAGUAGCUUUGAACACAAGCAGUUCUGUGGGCCUGUCCACUCCUCAAAGAUUGAUUUCCGCCAUAACCCGACCUCUUCCAGGUUUACAUGUCAAUCACAAAAGGGAAAAAGAUGUGCCUUUUUUGCUUCAAAUAGCCAUUUUCUUCCUACUGAACUUCAGCCUGUCAUGGUCUACCUUCCUCAUGUUGAUUGUACUUUUUUUAUACGACACGCAGUUACAGUUUUCUUUCUGUUUUUUUUCGGUGGCUGUUUAUCUUUAGAAGCGGCAGCUCAGUCUAUCCUUGGUGUUUAGAAGUUAUCCUAAGAAAUAACCUUCAGCCUGCGUCCCUUCAUGCGGUCUCUCUCGCACACUCUGCUGCGUCAGUGCGAUUUGAGCACUUUGUACUCUGCGAAAGGCUUUAAAAAGACUGUGAAGUAUGACUGUUAAUUUGUACCAGUCUGUCAAUAAGAAUUUACACGGAGGUUAGAUCUUUUUCUAUGAGGAAACAGCCCACGCCCUUGCCCUGAUAGUCCAGGAGUAGAAUCUGACGGACACCUGUCUCCACCAAUCAACAACAAGGGGGCGUGUUUUAUUGUGUUUGCAAAUUUGUCAAUUUUUAUCAUUCAGGAAUAGUAAUUUCUGUAGUUUUAACAUGGCUCAGAUUUAUUAGUGAAUAACUUUCCUAUGUGUUGGUUUUUGUUGUUUUGUUAAAUCCAGUCACAAUUCCACUGAUACUCCUUCCUCUGAAGUGCAUCAUUGCUCAGAAAGCAUCUGCUUUGGAUAAUUAUUCUAUUGACAGCUUAUGUAUUGUUUAUAGUAAUAUUUGUUGAAGGAAUAGAUGAACAUACUUGGGAAAUAACAGGAACUGAGAGGAUUGAUACCCGUCGUGUGCACUGCCAGGGUGAAUCAGGCGUUGAGCUUAAAGGCAGGAAGGAGCCAGCUCCGUCUGAAGGGAACAAAGCUCUUCACUCAACAUGCAACUGCCCGCUAUGGGUUAUUGAAUUGAACUGAAUAAUAAUUUAUUAAUCCCCUAAAGGGAGAUUAAGUUGUUGCAGUGUGAAUUACUUAGGAAAAUAUGUAAGAAAGUAAUGAAAAAUAAAUAAAUAAAUAAAUGGCACGCAUUCUCACAUUACAUUGCAGAGCCCUAGCUGGUUUUAAUCUCCUCUGGCUCUUUACGUGGAAGGUGAAUAAGAGUAUUUUCCCAAAUGUUUCUUUUAUAAUGAGCAGUUUAUGUGAUAGACAGCUUGUUUAUACAGUACUUUGGAUCAGGCACCGGCAAAUUCAUCAUCGUCUAUGCCUCGCUGCGGCUGCUGAUAACCAUUCACCUCUCCCGUAUAACCCCCCCGCUUUACAGCAUCCCUGUGUGCAACCUCUCCUCAUGUUGCUGUGUCUUCAGUAGCUUUGCAUGUGCAAUUGUUUGCUUCGUAGUCCAGUCCUAGCAUCUGAAAGCACUUCAGUCAUCUCACACAGACUUCCUGUUGCAGUGAAAGUGCGCCAUUACUGACCGGUCAGGCAGGCAAACUGGAUCCUCUAAUCUCUGGGAACAUUUCAGUGCCAAACUCCUGUUUUGUCUGUUUUUUUUUUUUAGUGAUGCUGGGAAGUAGGUCAGUAUUUGUAUCAAAAGAGGAAAAGAAUCCAAUUGAACCUUGUGUAUUUGUCUGGCGAGUCAAGACGGGAAGUUCUGAGUGGUCCAAAUGAUCGAUAACGGAUAUUAAUGCAGGGCUGUCGGGGUCUCUGGUUAGUGUGUUUGAAUUGCGUUUGCAAAGCUCGACUUCAGCAUGUCUCAUGAUUCACACGUUUUUGCUUAAAACGCAAGGCUGUAACAUGAAUGUGAUAAAAGUACUUAGGUAUUCAGUCAGUAGAAAAGAAAUGUUAUAGGCAGAUGAAAGGUAGUGAGCUGCCAGGAAUAAAUAAUUAGAUAAAUAUGUCACGUGAACAACUAAGUUCUUGCUUUUAUAUUAAAUAUGUAAUAUGGAAAACUAUAUUGUUUCCAUUGUCUGUCCCAGUGACAACAGUAAAGGCAUCAAUAUAUUGUACAAUUCUCACAAGCUCAGGUUUUUCUUUUUUGUUUUUUUAUUUUCUUAAAAAAAGGUCUAACUCACAGAAUAUAUCGUAACACACAUCCAGAUCUGACACAAGCAACCAAUUACACUUGAACAGUUUGCAUUUUCCAAAUGUAUCUGGUUCUGUGUGUCAGGGAUUUUAUGUGUUAGGAAAAAGGUUUAGUACAUAGAUGGGCAACGUUUGGGAUGUCUGCUGCCGCCGCUACCCUUCACACUGUCCUUAGGCUCAGACAACACAUGAUUUUUUUUCUUCAAGAGAUUUAUUCAUGAUAGUUGAAAACCAUCCCUAUGACUUUUAGAAGGUUACUUUCACAUCCAGUGUAUCCAAAUCUCUGCUGCUGCUGUUCAGUUAUACAGGUGUGUGUGUGUGUAUAUGUAUAUAUAUAUAUAUAUAUAUAUAUAUAUAUACACGCACACAUAUAUAUUAAAAAGAGAGAUAUAUCUUUAUGAAAUCGCACAGUUAUCUCCUCUUCUCGUUCAACGAUGGGUCCUGUUAACUUUGUGCUUUUUCUGAGAAGGACAGUUGAAUAUGCAAUAGAAAUGACAGAUAAUCUAUUACUAUCAAACAACAUCGUGUUCACUUCCUUCACUUCCUUUUCCUUCAGGGUUUUAUAUAUAUUGCUGUGCAAAAGUCUAAGGCACCCUAGCUUUUCGCUAUCAAAGUUUAAAUAACCAUCCAUAUUUUAUUUCAUUUUUAAGACACAGUUGGAGAUUGCAGUGACAAAAUUAGAGGUAGACCAGUCAAUCGGUCUGACGAUCCAUUUUUGAUAAUUGGCAUUACAUAGAAGACCCACAUUGGUCAAACUUAAGGCAAUACGUACACAAAAAUAAAACCCCUCAGUGUUGAGAACAAAACGCCCCUGCAGGCAAAAAGUUUAAGCUAUUUCGUUUGACCACCAUCAGAAGCAAUGCAGUGAUGUUACAGUUAUUAGUUUAUUUUGGGUUUAAAGGUAGGGUAUGCGAUAUUUAGACGUUUUUAUCCCAGAACACUUUUUGUCACAUUCAGUGAAUAUAUCCUCACUAUCUCAUGAGUACACUGUUAAAACAAAAACUAUAAUUGAAUAAAAGAAAUGCACUUAUACAAGCCCUGGCAAUGUACACGGAAACAGAGGGGAGGCCAAUAGAUGUUUGAAAUAUCAACACAUGUGACAUAAUCCAUACAUUACUCUGAGAUGGGAAAUUUAACAUGGAGGUCAUUUAAACUUUGAUAAAACAAAAAGAUUAGGAGUUAAAACUCUUGCCCAGUUUAUACACGCAUGCACACAACAAUGUGUGUGUAAAUUUUUUAUAUCUAUAUAUAAAAUAUACACACACGUAUAUCAAAUACAAUAUAGUAUAUUAUAUUUAGCUACUUGCUUACAGGUUAAUUUAUAUCUUUAUCUCUGCGGGCCAGAUUUUCAGGAGAUGGUAAUCGCUCCACCCAGGUGGCGCGCACACACAUACAGCCUAUUUGAUGUUUAACUAAAAGGUGACCAAAGCAAACACAGAUAAACUGAAGAUGGUAUGUAGUCUUUAGAGUUUCAAGAUGACAAAUGUAACAGACUUUGUUUUUUAUCCUCUUUUUUUUUUUUGAUAACUCAUUUACAUGGCGGCUUUGGUCACAUGACAAUACUGUGAAUAGGAUAGGACUCUGGUUUUUUUCAUACACAAACUGUUUGUGAAAGUAAUCAACCAGCUUGAAUCGAAAAAGAUUUGCACUACCCAAAUAUUGUUUGAAAAUCUAUUUUGUAUGAACAUAUGCAGACAUAAACUUAAAGAAAGGGCGGAUCAUGUUUCACUGGUGUAUGCUUUCUCUCUAAAAAAAAAAAGCUUUUUUGUUUCACCUAAAACAAGUUUAAUAUGUACAUAUAAUCCAUUGUAAAGAAAAUGCGGUGUACUUGUCUCCUGAUGAUAAUUUUUCAGUACCUACCCUCUGUAUUAUUUUUUUCUCUGUAGUGAGUCUUGUUGCUCUUUUCCUUCAUUGAUUCAAGGUUGAACUGUAAGUGUUUGUGUGGUACUUCUCGAUAUAAGGAACUGUAUGCUGAUGUUUGCCCCGAUACUAACUUGUGAUUCUGAACAAUGGACACGGUAAGCUCAUUGUAAGCCACUUUUCAUGAUUACAGCACUUGUUCAUCCAAUAAAUGCGUUUUCCAUUCUGA